AUGCCUGAGAUACUACCUGCAACCUGUCUGUGCCUGUUUGCCUCUUGUUUUAGCCUUAAGAGAAGAAUGUUCUGCACCAAGGGACUCAGGUCUUCAGGGAAGUACUAGUGUGACAUGUAAUGAAAAAUCUAUUGUUAGUGUGGGCUAUUGUUAGUGUAACUUCAUGCAUUCAUAGUGCAAUACAAGUUGCAUCUUUUUGCUUAAUCUUUUGAUCCGUCAUUUUCUUUCAUAACAUUUCUAGUGGUCGGAUGUCGUCAUAUGACUACCUAUAGAUAACGAAUGGGGCAUUUGACGGUGAGUUUCGUCAUGCCAUUUACUGACACCUUGAGCAGUCGCUGCCGACAUAUGUAUAGGCUAUAUGGACAGCAUUCGCGUGCGGUUUUAUAUUGGCAUUCAGGUGGCAAAGCUUAGGGUGCGUCAAGCAUGUGAAAAUAGUGGAGCAGUUUCAACUUGCGCGAAACCACAAGCGAGGACACGAAGUGCGCUUGGGCGUGGGCGUGGUCUACCCCGGAGAAAAUCACCUGCGGUUCUGUUUUACAAAGAUGGAAGCGAAGCAAAACUCAGACACAUCCCGAUGCGAGGGAAGAGAAGCAGAGGAAUGAAGAGGUUUUUUGGGACACACAGAGAUGAGGAUUACGGACAGGUUCGGUACCUCACGGCCAAAUGUAGCCGACUCGCACAAGAGAAAGCAGUUCUGGAGCGGGAGUUCCUGGUUGCCGGAGAGAGGGAAAGGACCCUCAGGAAAGAUCUAGAAACUGUCUCCCGCCAGCUAUGUCAGCAGGAGCAGCUCAAUGUAGAGCUGAGCAUCACGCAGGACCAGCUGCUCAGCCAGACGCACCAACAGAAGGAGCUGAUGGAGUUCCUGCAGCAGCACCUGCGCAGAACGGUGGAGGAGGGCUCUCGGGACACAGGGCUGCUUGGCCUGCAACUGGAGCAACUGUGCACAGAGAUGCAGCAGCUGCAGGACACCGAAGCACAGCUGGAGGGCCUGGUGGAGGAGCUGCACAGGGAGAACCAGAGCAGGGCUGCACAGGCAGACGUCCUGAAUGCGCAGCUAGACAGGUUCCAGGAGCUGGAGGCUCAACAGAAUUCCCACCAGGAGACCAUAUUGGAGCUGGAGGCCCUGAAGAUCUGUUACCACGAGAUAUUACUGGAGCUGGAUAGGGUACGGACCUCCCACCAGGAGACAAUAAUGGAAAUGGACUCUCUGCAGACCUCCCACCAGGAGACCCUCCUGGACCUGGACGCUCUGGAGACCACUCACCAGGAGACUGUGCUCGAGCUGGACGCUCUGGAGGCGACCCACCAGGUGACUCUGCUAGAACUGGAGUCGCUGAAAAGCUUGCACAUGCAGACAGCCCUGGAGCUGCAGACGCUGCGGAGGUCUCACCAGGAGAAGGUUCUGGAGCUGAUGGGGCUCCGCGGUUCUCACAAGGAGACGGUGGCGGAGCUGGAAGCGCUGCAGAGAUCUCACCAGGAGAACGUGGAAGAGCUGCAGGAUCUGCGGUCCUCCCACGAGGUCACGGUGCAGGAGCUGCAGCAGGAGAACCAGAACAGCUUGCGGAAGCUCCAGGAAACGGCCGAGCAGUUCGAGUGGCUCUGCGACCAACAGCGGAACUGGAUGUGUUACGUAAAGAGGUAUAAGGUCAGCAUGUCCGGAGAGAAGGAGGCCCUGUUAAAGCAGAUGGGAAGGAUGGAGAAAGAGCUCAUCACCCUCAGAAAGAGCUCUUCAGAAGAGGGAGGGGAGACUCAACAUGAAGUGUCCAGCAGCACACCAACAGAGACUGAGACUCAGCACUGUGAGAGUGAAACAACUGACACUGAGGACUAUGGGUUCACUAUGUGGGAUUCUGACAUUAUGUCCGAUCUUCAAACUGAGGUGGAGAAAUGGCGGCGCCGUUAUGAAGACCUGUACAUUAAACUGGCACAACAUCGGGAGGAGCAUUCUGUUGACACCUUCCGGAAACCUCCCUGAGGGGCCAGGAGGGCACAGCCGGAGACGCACUCCCUUCGGCCUUGCGUCUGGGACUCUCCGCCCUGCCAACCAAAAAAUGUCCUUCACUCAGCCUUCUCCACUCAAUCUCACUCUCUCUUUGGCUCUGCUCCUUUCUUUAUCUCCCUGAGUCCCUCCUUCCUUUCUUUUGUCUCUCCCCCUCUCUCUGUCUCUCCUCUCUGUAU